AUGUCAUUUGUGGCUUGUGCGAUUUGUGCGAUUGAGAAGAAAGAGCUGUAUACAUGCCCAAGAUGUUCCAUUCAAUACUGUUCCAUCAAGUGCUAUCGGAACGAGAAGCAUUCGCAGUGUUCCGAAAUGUUUUAUCAGGAGCACGUUAAACGAGAAUUGUCUGGAAUGAAGUAUGAUGCGUCUGGAAAAGGAGAAGAAUACAAGGAAAAAAUGCAAAAGUUUCUUGAUGGAGAUUGGAGUGGAAUUGAGGAAGGAGAACAGCUCGAUUCAGAUGAUGAGCAUGAUCCAGAAAUGGAAAUGAAAUGGGAGAAGGAGGAGCAAGAAGCGAUGAAGAAGACAGUAGAGGCCACUAUCGAUGAUUAUGAAAUGGAAGAUGAUGAGAUCGAGAGGCGAAUGAUUGCCAUGGGACUCUCGGAUAACGUUGACGAGCUUCUGAACACGUUAACUCCGGAAGAGCGUGAAGUAUUCAAGCAGCUCGCUGAAGAAAUGCAGCAAGAAGAGCUCGGACUCUCCAAUUCGUGCUUCAAAUCUCAAUAA